CCACGACCUCCCCCGGCGCGCGGCCCACAAGCUCCACCAGCACGGGCCUGCAGACUCAGCCAGCCCUGCCACGCUCUCUCCCUUGCGCCACCGCAGGCAUGCUGCGCCCCGCCGCCGUGCACGCGGCCCUCGAGACGCUCCUCGUGGCGCCAUGCGACCUGGCGCUCCUCGCGCUGCCCGACUCGGGCCUCCUCUACGCCUCGGCCGCACUGCCGCCGCAAGAUGCAGAGAGCUCUGCAGAUGCAGCACGGCCAGCAGCCGUCCCGCCGUCCUCGGCGCUGAUGCGUGGCGCGCCCGACGCGCGCGACGGCAUCGGCCGCGACGAGCGGGCGCGCCUGCUGGCAGCGAUUGCGACGCAGGCCUGGCGCGAGGAGCCCAAGCCGAGCGCCGGCGCACGCUGCCCGCCUGUGCUGAUCGACACUGAGCUCGGAGCGUCGAUGAUCUACUCAAUACAGACGCCGGCGGCACUUCUGCUGGUCUUGACUGCACCGUCGGCCCAGCUCGCGGCCGCAGGAGGCGCCUCAGCGCUCGCGGCAGAGGACGAGGGCGGUGCAGACACGGCAGACGGCAGCAACGGCGCGCCGCCAGGGCCGGAGAGCGAUCCGUGGGCCGACAUGCUGGAGCGCGCCCGGGCAUUCGACGAGCAUAUCGCGCCCGAGCUCGCGGCCAUCGGCUUCGGCACCAAGGCUGCAUAGCGGCGACAUAUAGACACCUGGCCUGCACAGCCAGCAAUAUACCACUCAUCACCUUUGCGG